UCCAUCUAAAAAACUGAAAAGUUCCCACCAAACUUUGAAUUUAUUGCUGAGGAAAUUCAAGACAGAUUCCACACAUAUGAAGAUCUCACAGACAGCGAGGUUCAGGCUAAAGAACGUCCCAGGUUACGUAUGUAACCGUGGUUCCCAGAGGGAACGAGACGCUGUGUCGGAACGCGCAAGAGCUCUGAUCACGCACACCUGCACCAAAUCACGGCCUCAUCAACACCCACUACAAAGGAUCCUCACACAUUCACUUCCCUGUCCGAUCUCGUUUGUUCAACGUGGACUCUGACAACGCUGUAUCCUAAGAUCAAGACCAUAUCCUUCCGAGAGAAUUGACUUACCUUGUUUGCUUUACCUUCUGUGUUCCUUCCUCCUUGUGUCCUCCUCUCCUCCUAGAGUGCCUGUCAUUGGAGUGUGUGAGUGUCCUCGUGGAUCCCCCCCGUCUUGUCUCCCCGAAACGCUGUGGAAAAGAAAGAGAUAUCAUCAUCCUAUCACCAAUCCACAAACUACUCACUUCAAGAUCAUCUACUCACCUCUCCACUUGAUCAUCUAACACCAGCUGGACUGCACAAGGUGCUGCUGAACAAUUCAGUGAACCCUCAUCAGCCCAGGUUGAACCCCCCACUUGUCCACCAAUGGUCACACCAGAUCCUCAGGUAGCAGUGACCAAGCUUCAUGCCUCAGCAGCUACCACUGGACCACCAAUGGUCACGCCAGAUCCUCAGGUAGCAGUGACCAAGCUUCAUGCCUCAGCAGCUACCACUGGACCACCAAUGGUCACACCAGGUCCACAGGUAGCAGUGACCAAGCUUCAUGUCUCAGCAGCUACCACUGGACCACCAAUGGUCACACCAGGUCCACAGGUAGCAGUGACCAAGCUUCAUGUCUCAGCAGCUACCACUGGACCACCAAUGGUCACACCAGGUCCACAGGUAGCAGUGACCGAACAUCAUCCCUCAGUAGCUACCACUGGACCACCAAUGGUCAUACCAGAUCCACUGGUAGCAGUGACCGAACAUCAUUCCUCAGUAGCUACCACUGGACCACCAAUGGUCACACCAGGUCCACAGGUAGCAGUGACCGAACAUCAUCCCUCAGCAGCUACCACUGGACCACCAGCAGCCCUUAUUGGUAAAGGUGUGGAAAAAGGAGGCUGUCCAGUUCCCACUACAGUGCGGCCACAUAAAAGGAAAGAUACUACUACAGGUUUGGAACAAAUUUAGGGUGAACUGUCCCUUUAACCUGUGUCCUGUCUUUGUGGUACUUUAAGAUAUUUACAGUUGUUUUUUUUUAUUUUAUUUAUUUAGUUUUUAUCAUUAUCAUUUAAAAAUAUUGUUAAAAACUUCCAUGCAUCUACAGAGAUGAUUUGCAUGGAAAAAUUGUGGAUUUCAUUUAAAUGGCAUGCGAAUC